AUGUCCUUCAAGCCAUCCAAAAAACAAUUCACCAAACGACCGGCUGCCUCUGCCACCUCCAAUGACAAGGCAACUGGUCCAACUUUGGCCUCAUCUCCCAGUGAGGAUACACCCGACCGGCCCCGCAAAUCCUUUUUUUCCUUCAAGGCCUCAACCAAGCGCUCAACUUCUCGACCAGCGGUUAACCAUGUGCGCCCAGAUAACUCUGGCGCCAUACAGUUUCCUUCACUUGGCCAACAGAACCUCCCCUCUGAAUCUCCUUCAACCAAUUCUGCAUUUCAACUCGAAAUACCAGUUCGCAACCUCAGGUCCUCCAUACUCUUCAGUCAGCAAUUUGAUUUGAAAAAGCUUGGAACUCACAACGAGUCUCUCCAUCGCGAUCCUUCGCCGACUCCCCUAAUGUCUGAUAUCCCAUCUAGACCUCUUCGCUCCACUACCCGACCAGCUAGCUGGAUGAUGAUGAAUGAUGGCACAUAUGCCCCUCCUAUAAAAGCACAAGCGCAAUCUGGUACAACCAGCGGCCAAGCUGGUCCAGAGACAUUUUACAAUGGUUCUCGUAUCUCGAACCGAUUUGAGAGUAGUGAUGAAGAUGGGCCUUCGCAUCGCUCGGCUGGAAGUGGCAUUCAUCUUUCUCCGGCUGUUCCCCAGCCGCAGCAGUCGGCAAAGUUGAUUGGUGUUUUGGCCGGGUACCAAGUCCAGCCCACACCUGCCUCCACUGUAGCCCCUCAGGCCGUCCCGGGACCAGCUCCCACUACUGUAGCUGCCCAGGCCGUCCCGGCACCAGGCCCCACUGUGGCUGCUCAGGCCGUCCCGGGCCGAUUACAGCCUCCCAUUACGAUACAUUCUCAGUCAGAUCCACGGCCCGCUUUGCCGCCCUCUCCGUCUCGUCCGGCUGCUCCAACCGCCAGCCCACAGAAUUCCACUUAUUCUCCCCUUGCCGCUUUCUUGGGUCAAGCUAAAUCCAACGUACCCGCAGUAUUGAGUAAAUCGGCCGUUCCUGCUGCACCUCAGAGUGUCUCAAAACCCCCACUUCCUAGUAGCCUGUUAUCUGCCUUCCUGGGUAGCCAAUCAUCCACGGGAGAAAAAGCGAAAUCGUCCAAUGAGUCUCCGCUUGCAGCGACUGCUACCGUUCGACCAACACUAAAGCCCUCUAUAUCGCUCCCCAAAGUUCGAUCAAGUGAGGGGACCUCAUCGGCUCGUCUGAACACUCCCUCGGCUGGAUUAUCUCCCGCCUCAGCCCGAACUCCGGCCUCCGAACGAUCCUCUCUGGUGCAAGAAUCAGUUAACGAUGCCGUGUCGGAACGCAGCCCCCCCAUCUCGCCCAGGCCCUCUCCAUCGCCUGUCGGCAAACCUGAUGUGACUACCCCCAAGACACCGGAAGUGAUUUACCCGACUGGUGGAUCUUCACCAGCCGAAAAUGAUCAAGCUCCAAAGCUCGAAACGGCGGUCCCUUCGGCUAUACCAGUCCCCAUCUCGGUUGACACUUCCGUCACACGUUCCUCCUGGUCAUCCCCAUGCUAUUCAAGCUCUAUCCGCAGCGAAUCCGUUCUUAAUUCGGUUCAACCAUCCACCACUAGCACCAGUCCCAUGCCGGCAACCUCGGUAUUGUCACAUGCUCCAGAAAAACCAUCUCCAGCUAAGCGUGGUAGGUCCAGGAAACGCUCGGUCGAGAAGGUCUAUCUGGAUUCGUGCUCUCAACACUCUUCGUCAAGUAGUGACAACUACUCAUCAGUCGACGGUCUAGCUGAUACCAAGGAUCAUCGCCACAGAAAAGGCAGUUCUGACCAAUCCGGAGCAGUCACCGAUCCAUCCUCGGCAUGCUCUCAUUCGAGCUCCCCUCCGGCGCGAAACCUGGAGAAAUAUCGCUCAGAGAAUCUGGAUGAAAAGAAGCCGGUCUCGCAGGCUCAGGCAAAGUCUGAGGUACAUGAACAAGGGAACGAGCUCAAGGCUGAGAAGGGCGAUGAUAACGUCCUCGAGGUCUCAGAUCACCUGGACGAUGAGGCCGAGGUUGAGGAUCAGACGCCUCAACAGCCCAAGAUCAAAUUCGAACAAUUAGUCUGCCACCCUGAUAUCUUCCGCAAGAUUAUCUGCCAUCUGGACUACUUGGACUUUUUCUCGCUCAGCCAGAUCAGUCAUGAGUUCCAAGAGGAACUUGAAGAUGAUCCGCGAUUGCGAGAAAUUAUCCUGAAAAGGUAUUUGUCUGGCUUCGGAUAUCGUAGUCUAUCACCCCACUUUAAGAUCGGACACAGACAGCGAGAACUGGUGACAAUCAGCUUGAAGGAUUUGGCCAACUUCUAUGCUGGCCUGGAAUUCGAGUCCUUGGAAUUGAUCGGAUUCGCCAAGCAAGCACUCAAGCCCAAGGGACUCGACUACCGUACCGCCAAGAUGAUCCGGUCCUCUACCAGGGCGCACAACAAGCUGGUUGCUUACAUCAGAGCUGUCGAGGAGCUCGACCCAGUCCCAGCGAUGUAUCGACACGUCGGACGAUCUGAUGAACCUGUUUAUCGGUCAGGCAAGGCUGCUCUAUUCAAGGUUUGGGUUCCUUGCGCGGACCAUUGGAUGUCCAACGAAGAACUUGCGGAAUGCGAACGGGAGCUUUGGAGAUCUCAGGUCUGGUCGUACCUCAAGAAAGGGGAUGUGUGUUGGAACUUAGCAGUCGGGGAUUUCGGCAAUGAAGGCAAGCUGUUGUUCGAUGGUAGAUUCUUGAGAGAUCUGUUGUUCGAAUUCGAUGACGUUGGCCAUCUACCGUCAUGGCUAAACAUGUUAGAAUUCCCGCGAUCAUACUUUCCACAAGAUUAUCUCCAGCUCGACUUCGUCGCCUAUAUUUUAUCUAGACCUAUCCAGUUUCAGAGAAUAUAUCAAGAAGACUUUGCGAUUGAGCGAAGACAAGAUCGAAGUGGCUUCCCCUCAAGAUACGAUACCGCGACCAGAGAUGGGUGUAUCGAUCGGGCAUCAAGAUCCGACGCCGGGCAAGCUUUGGAUCAGACCGGUCAAUCCUGA